UCGGACGACGACGAGUAGAAUCGUCCGCUGCGGUGUGUUUGUUUUCGUUACCUCUCGCCUCUCACUGACAAGAUUAGAACAGAUUAGGAGGCGUCUGUUUCACAAGGAAAUGGCUUACAACUUUCCCGGAGUACCGGCGACCGCUAUGCCGCCCAUGGGCAUGGGGCCAAUCGGUCCGCUGGGUCCUAUAGCGGGACCGCAAAGCUUUAUGGAACUCGCGAGUCAAGGAUUUCCGCCGCUGCCACCGCCUAUACCACUGCCUGGAAUGAACGACUCGCCUCUGGAAUUCAGCACGAACAAGAAUCAACCGCCGGUGGUUCGAGAAACCUCGGACGACAGCAACGAUAGGAGAAAUGACAAGAAUGAUAACAGAAGAGAUCGGGAAAAUAGGGAUAAUCGCGAAACACGAGACAAUAACAGAAGGUCGAGGAGCGAGCGCAACGACAGGCGCGACAGAGAUCGGGAGAGGAGAGAGGAGAGGAACGAACGAGACAGAAGGGAUGUGGAUCGUAGAGUCGAGGAGAGAAGUAACACAACAUCCUCCAAGAACAAUAGCAAUCCCUCGAACAAUCCGAACAACAACGAAGUUCUGUCGUCGACGAACACAAACAGCACGCCGAGUAUAAACACGCAGAUGGAGCCCGCCGCUGGUGUUUGGGGAAUGGGAGUGGGCUAUCCCAUGAUGAGCAUGGGCCCUAUGGGGCCUAUGGCCCCCAUGAUGGGUGAAAUGACACUGGGUCCGCACAUGAGUCACACGCACGGCUACAGUCCGAUGGGGAUGGGCAUGAUGUCGCACGACGGCAGCAUGAUAGGCGCUCAGAUAUUGGGCGCCGAGCAGAUCAUGUCGGAUGCGGCGCAAAUAAUGACCGCGAGCCUGCCACCGCCGUCCACAACGCCCCAGGGUACCAAAGAGAUCAUACAUUGUAAGAGCUGUGUGCUGUUCCCGCCGAAUCCGAACGCUCCACCGCCGACCACGCGAGAGAGGCCGCCGGGAUGUAGGACAAUUUUUGUCGGAGGAUUGCCGGAAAAUAUCACCGAAGCUAUAAUACAGGAGAUUUUUGAACGAUGUGGAGAGAUAACCACUUUGCGGCUUUCCAAAAAAAAUUUCUGCCACAUACGCUUCGUCCUGGAAGCCAGUGUCGAUGCGGCGAUUUAUCUGUCUGGCUACAGAGUGAGAAUAGGAUCCAGUGGGGAGGCUGCAAACACUGGUAGACUUCAUGUAGACUUCGCACAGGCUAGAGAUGAUCAAUACGAGUGGGAAUGCAGACAACGGCAAUUGCAGAGAGAGCAACGUCAUAGAGAAAGGGUGGAAAAGGAGAGACAAAGGCCGCCGUCAAGUCCGCCUCCGGUGGUGCAUUACACAGACCACGAAGCAUCCAACAUCUGCGAAAAGAUCAAACAGGACGACACGUUUAUGAAGGCAGUACAAGUGGUUGUAACGUGGCUAGAGCGAGGAGACUGCACGAAACGUAACGCCAACACCUUUUACUCGAUGAUACAGUCGACAAACUCUCAUGUGCGACGGCUUCUGACGGAGAAAGCGGCGUACGAGGAGGAGCUGCAGAAGGCGAAAGAACUGAUGAAAGGCAGAAUGCAAGGACUUCUUAUACAAUUCAGUCAGAUUGAACGAGUCUUUACUGCGGCAAGCCACAAGAAGGUCUGGGAUCACUUCACUAAGGCGCAACGGAAAAACAUCGAGAUGUGGAAGAAACAAUCUUCGGAAAUAAAAGCGGUGCAGUUGGAAGACAGUUUGAUUGAGGGCGAGGGCGAGAUGGACGUGUCGGACUCGGAAGAAGAACCGCAACGUAAGAAAACGCGCAAUCAAUCGGACGGAAACGAGGAUGUUGACAGACUUCAGAUUCUCAAAGAGGAAAAUGACAGUUUGAGAUGCCAAUUAGAGGCGUACAAGAACGAAGUGGAUCUCUUGAAAUCGGAAACGAAAGCUGAAUUGGAGGCGAAGGAGAAGCAAAUGAAGAUGCUGCAACAAACGUUGAAGGGUAUGCAAGAGCAAUUGAUGCAAUCGCGAAAGCAACAGGCGCAGGACGAUCAGAAGAUCAAGGAUUUGACUGUCAAGCUGAAUGCCGUAAAGAAGGAAGAGCCUAGAGAAAGCGAGAUUAUCACGCUCGACAAAGACGACGAUAUAAGCGAGGAGCCGCGUACGCCAAAGCAACACAUUCUCACCUCUACUUUCGUGCAAGUCACUCAAAAGGAUGCUAAACUCAUUGGACUUAUAGCGACGUUUUUGCACAUUCAUCCGUUUGGUGCGAGCGUAGACUAUCUGUGGUCCUAUCUACAGAAAAUGGAACCCGGCAUUAAACCUAACGAAGUUGAAGUUCUAAUGCAGCGUUUUCCACAAGUCUUUAAACAGGAAUUAUACGGCAUCGGUGCGAAUAUGGAGAGGCGUUGGCAAUUUUCAGGUUUUAACGUUUAUCGCACUCAUUGAUCGAAUUUAGAUGAUUUAAGUGUAAAAAAUUGCGAAAGUACAUUUAUCUUGUUGUUCUCUCAGCGUUACUACUCAAAAUGAGGUCCGCAAGUGCAAUCGAAAUUUUUCGAUUAUAAGUAAGUGUGUAACAGUGACAAAGUCCGAUGUGGAUUAAUAAAGUAUCUGUAUUAAUUCUUAA